AUGGCACUGGGUAACAACUGCCCCUCCUCUCUAGAUGGCUACGUUGACUAUGACGACUACAGCUAUGAGGAUGGAUUUCCUGACGAAGCCGAAGGUGGUUACGACGACUGCUCUCCUCCAGACGACCACGCUUACUAUUACAUUUAUGGAGACGGUAUUCCUGACGGAGAUGAAAUGGGGAUGAAUGACACUUACCCAGAGGAAGCGUUCCUGGAAGUUGAAGGCGUCGUAACCAAUGGAACAUAUGACCCGUUCAAUGACGAGAUGAGUGAAUUGGAUUCUGCUUUAAACAAUCAGCCUAAUGGUGCAGAACCUGCAUUCCGUAUGGAGUUCGUUGAUGCUCCUUCAAGGAGUUGGACUGUCUGUACCAGUUCGAGUUAUGGUGGGCUGCAUGUUGUUUGUAGUGAAGAUGGCUUCCAAAUAUCCCUGCUAUCAGGCCUGUCACAGGAGAUUCAGGUUGUAGGUUUAAAGAACGUUUCCUUAAAAAAUGCUCCGAAGAAGUGUGGCUAUCGCAUGAAUCACCUGGACAAUACCGUGACUGUUCCUUUCACUGGCUGCAAUGUGAGGGAGCAUGUGGAAGAUGUAGACUGUGCUGUCCAUGUUGGAGAGCAGGUUUCGUGUGGUGACUCUAACGUCUCGGCCUCAGAUUGUGAGAAGAGAGGAUGCUGCAUGGAUUUGUCCAAACAAGCUUGCUACUACCCACUGGAUGAAUGUACAGCGGAUGGACACUUUGUUUUUGCUAUUCGUCACAAUUCUGCUUCCAUCCCCGUGGACCCCAAACAACUUGCUAUUCCUAGCAGACCACAAUGUAAACCAGUCAUCGUUAAUGAUGAGGUUGCCAUCUUUAAGAUUGACCGUAGCAGUUGUGGAGCGCUUUCUUAUGACAUCGGUGACUCAAAGAUUUACCUGAUUGAAGUCCACACCAUUGCCAAAGCUCUGAACCUCAAGUAUGGCAUAAUUACACGAAGUGAUCCUCUCAGGUUCUUGGUUGAGUGUCACUAUAGUAAAAAUGGCAUUCCUCAGGAUUCAGCGGCCAGUGUCAGCUACAUGGUCAAGACCUCAGCUUCCAGUUUGCCAUCAUCAAUCACCUCCAGUGACUCUUAUGGCAUAGAGUUAAAAAUAGCUAAAGAUCACACAUAUUCAAGUUACUUUCCCUCUUACCACCAGCCCUUGCGGCUUCUCCUUGGCCAGCCUGUCUAUCUGGAAUUGAGUCUGAAGUCUGAUAAACCAGAUGCAGUAAUUCUAGUUAACUACUGCUUGGCCUACCCUCGUUCUGCAAAGAGUGCAGUGGUCCUCAUUUAUGAAGGGUGUGCAAAUCCAAACGAUCCAAAUGUUUCCAUUCUUAAUGUCAUUGACCAUCCCAAUAGUCGCCAUCGGAAACGCUUUAUUGUGAAUGCCUUCCAGUUUAUGGAUCAAAAGACCAACCUGUACCUGAAUGAAGAA